CAAUACAGGCAGGACUUUCAUUGGUCUGGAGGAGCAGGCUGUAUGAUGUUGAGCACUGUUGAGCAGGGAUCCGAGUCUGUACUAUGGGCUGAAAGCUUACGUCAGUCUUUCUUACUCCACCAAACACACAGCUGAGAAAUUCCUCUCACCUGCAGAUCUCAAUCCUUUAAACGGGCUAUGUGUAAGAUAUGGUCAGAAUUUUAGUUUCAAGGUGACUUCCCCCUUUCCGAGUCCCUGACAAACUCCAGUCAGGUUUAACGUCAUUCCCUCGCUCUGCGGUUUACUGAGGUAAUAAGCUCAUUAGCUAAUUAGCUAGCUACAGCCAAAGCUACAUCAAAAUGUAUAGUUAGCAACAGUUGUGGGUUACUCGAUAUGCUGCCCCCUAUAUUUUGAACUACCUUUGAAUUCUGGCAGUGUGCACCUCUUAUAUACUGAUAUUGUAUGUCGUCAAACCAUCAAAAAAGUGCAGGAGUAUCUCCUUUCCUUGAAAAGAAUGGAAACAUGUUUGCUAGCUAGCAACAUAAGCUUUAGCUAGUGUUUGCAGUAUCAGCUAGCUGGUGUUAUAAUCAGUUAGUGCGUGAGUUCUCCCAGCUGGUUGUUGUGUUUGUGCAAAGGUGUGGACUCUGCUAUGAAUCGGUACGAGGACAGAGACGAAGAAGUCCCUCCCUUUAAAACCACUCUGUGUGGGGAAUAUGACACCCAGACCAAAGCUCGGAGCCUAAUGCAGCAGCAGAGACCAGGUUCUCCUGGCCCUGGUCCUGGUCCUGAUCCUGGUCCUGGACCUGAACACAGCUGUGUGUCCAUGAGGAGUGAUGCAUCUAUGGAGCCCCCUCUUGUUUUUAGGAAAUCUGCUGAUAGAAGGAUCCACCAGCAGAGUUCAGAUUCCACUGGACCUGGACCUGAACACAGCUGUGUUUCCAUGAAGAGUGAUGCAUCAAUGGAGCCUCCUCUUGCUUUUAGGCACACUGCUGAUGGACGCUCUGAAAUCUGAACCUGGACAUGAACCAGAUUCAGUUUCUGAGGUCCCAAUGCCAAGGUUGCAGGGUCUAAGGACUAAGGAUUCUGGAGUGAAGGUGCUGUUGGCUGGAUUGAAAGAUCCACACUGGAGACUGGACACACUCAGGUUGGAGCCCUGUGGACUGCGAUGGUUAACACCGGGCCUGAGGAAGUAUUCCUGUGAACUCACGCUCGACCCAAACACAGUAAACAAAAAGAUCAAACUGUCCGACAACAAUAGCAAGGUGUCCCAUGUGGAUGAGGAGCAGUCAUAUCCUGAUCAUCCGGACAGAUUUGACUGGUGUCAGCUGAUGUGUAGAGAUGGUCUGACUGGUCGUUGCUACUGGGAGGUUGAGUGGAAAGGAAGACUUCAUAUAGCUCUUACUUACAGAGGAAUUAACAGGAGAGGGAGUGGAUAUGACUGUCUCUUUGGAUGGAAUGAUCAGUCCUGGUGUCUGACCUGCUCCAAGGGUUGUUACUCUGUCUGUCACAACAAUAAAAGAACAUCAAUCUCCAUCUCCUCCUCCUCCUCCUCCUCUUCUUCCUCUUCUUCCUCUUCCAUCUCUUGCAGAGUAGCAGUGUAUGUGGACUAUCCUGCUGGCACCCUAUCCUUUUAUGGAGUCUCCUCUGACACACUGAUCCACCUCCACACCUUCAAGAGCACUUUCACCGAACCUCUUUAUCCUGGGUUUGGGUUCUGGUCUGACAGGUCUGGUUCCUCACUGUCUCUGUGUUCCUCGUAGAAGAGAGAAACUCUAUCAUUGUUCACCUGAUAGUUCAGUCUGUACGGGAUCACAAACAGAGUGAGCAGUUAACAAAAUGCUGCCACCAUGUGGUGUAAGUGAUACAUCAUCUGAAUAACAUUUAGCUUGUUUCACUUUUGUUUUUUGUUUUUUGUUAUGCACAUGCAACUGAGUUAUGUAACACGUUUCACCUGAAGCUCAAAAUUUGAGACAGCACACCAGUCAUCUAGCUGUGAUCAUUUAUGGAAACUUUUCAUACAUUACAUUGUGUUUCGGUACAUUUUCAAAUUGGAGUUUUGUGUAAGGUGCAAUACAAAAUCAACCCAGAUCAGUAAUAGUGUAAACUUUUGAAUACAAGAUUUCUUUUUAAUAAAAUCUCAUG